AAGUCACCAAACCAGAUGUGAUCUUCAAGUUGGAGCAGGAAGAGGAGCCAUGGGUGGUAGAAGAGGAAAUAUUUGGAAGACACUAUCCAGAACCAAACUGAAUUUCAAAAAUUGGGUCCACUCCUUUGUUUUCUAGUUCAUCAAUUUCAGAAUCUAUACUGAUGGAAGAAAUUUUUACUUAUUUAAGGGUUGUCCUUGAACCUCACCGGGCCCUUCUCAGACUCCGUCAUGCUCAGCUCUAGACCGCGCGCCUUCAGUCUCUCCUGCGCCAAGUCCCCAGCCCGCUAGGCUAGGACUGCAUUUCCCAGAUGCCUCUGUGUGGGCCCGGCCCCGACAGGCAUCUCUCUGGUCCCGCCCGAAUCGUCUUGAAAAGCCGGAGCUGGGGCUGCAGCCUUCCGGCGUUCCGACUGCACUUCCCGGCGGCGGGCGGGACUUGGGAAUGAAUGAAUGCUCAGCUGAAACUUGAGCACCCCCGCCCCCCGGCCGUGGGCGACAUUUCCCAGGAGCCUCCACGGUCCACAAGGCUUUCUUAGCCCUCCACGGCCACCUACCACGACCUCGACCUGUCGGUUCGCCCAGGCCCUCCGAGGAUGCUCCGGCGCGGCUGGGCGGCCAGGACUGGGCUUCACUGAAGGCUUGGAACACGACGCGACUCUGUCGUGCCGGCCCAGGCCCUCCCUGGAUUUUUCCUCCUCUGGACUAUACUUCCCGGAGGCCUCCGCGGUGCCUGCCGCUUCCGGCCGAAGUUCGCUGGCCAGCGGUGAGUUGGCGGGAGUCCGGCCGCAAGGGAUCGGGGCAUUCCGGACGACCUCGCCGACUGGUUUGGGGCGGAUUCGAUCAGACUGGAGUGAGAGGACCCCGCAGAAGUGGACGAAUCCAGAAGAGGAGAAGAGAGGAACCGCUGCUCAUCGAAAGCUAUGGCUGAGGACUUGAAGUUCAAAGAUGUGGCCAUUUACUUCUCUCAAAAGGAGUGGGAAGGCUUGCUUUCUGCUCAGAAGGAUUUGUACCGAGAUGUAAUGUUGGAGAGUUAUGACAACCUGCUCUCACUGGGAUUUUCAGAUUCUAAGCCAGAUGUGAUCUCCUUAUUGGAGCAGGGGAAGGACCCUUGGAUGGUUAAGAGCAAAGAGUCAAAAGAAUGGUGCCCAGGUUGGGAGUCCAGAAGAGAAGCUAAGAAUUUCUCUCUAAAGGAGGAGAGCUAUGAAAUUCGAUCUUUGCAACCGGAUGUAACAGAAAGAUCUACACGUUCUCACCUUGAGUGCCCCAGGGUCAGGAGUAACAGAGAGGUCAAGUGCCGCGUGGAGAGGCUGCCGGAGGAGCGUUUUAGACAAGCCGUAAUUGCCUCUAGAGAAAGGUUCGCUUCCAUCCAGCGCACAGAUCGUAGAGCACCUCGGACAGUUCAUGCUGGAGGCAAAUCCUGUGAAUCCAAGGAAAGUAAUGAGGCUUUCAGGUGCCAGCCACACCGCAGUCGACAGGGAGGACGUCGUCAUAAGGGAAAAGGCUCUAAAUGUGGAGAAUGUGGGAAAGCCUUUAGCAGUAGGUCAGACCUGGUUAAGCAUCAGAGAAUUCAUGGAAGCAAAAAAAGUAAUGAGAAUAAGAAAUGUGCCUUUCUUCGUGACUCUGAAAUGACUAAAUCUCAGAGCAUUAAUACUGCUGAGAAACCUCAUAAAUGUAAGGAGUGUGGGAAAGGCUUUCAUUCUAGCUCACAACUUAGAAAACAUCAAAGGAUUCACAUAGGUGAGAAACCCUAUAAAUGUACGGAGUGUGGGAAGGCCUUUCCAUCUACCUCACAACUUAAUUUACACCAGAGAAUCCAUACUGAUGAGAAAUACUAUGAAUGUGAGGAAUGCGGGAAAGCCUUUACCCGUCCCUCGCACCUUUUUCGACAUCAGAGAAUCCAUACUGGUGAGAAACCCCAUAAAUGCAAGGAAUGUGGGAAAGCUUUCCGUUACGACACACAACUUAGUCUUCAUCAGAUAAUUCACACUGGUGAGAGACGCUACGAGUGUAAGGAAUGUGGCAAGGUUUACAGCUGUGCCUCACAACUGAAUCUCCAUCAAAGAAUUCACACCGGUGAGAAACCUCAUAAAUGUAAGGAAUGUGGGAAAGCUUUCAUCUCCGAUUCACACCUUGUUCGCCAUCAGAGUGUCCAUACCGGGGAGAAGCCAUAUAAAUGUAAGGAAUGUGGGAAGGCCUUUCGCCGGGGCUCAGAACUUACUCGACACCAGAGAGCUCACUCUGGGGAGAAACCCUAUAAAUGCAGGGAAUGUAAAAUGGCCUUUACUUGUAGCACAGAACUUAUUCGACAUCAAAAAGUUCACACGGGUGAGAGACCUCAUAAAUGUAAGGAAUGUGGGAAGGCUUUUAUUCGAAGGUCAGAGCUUACUCAUCACGCAAGAAGUCAUACGGGCGAAAAGCCCUAUGAGUGUAAGGAAUGCGGGAAGGCCUUUGGUCGGGGCUCGGAACUGAAUCGACACCAGAAAAUUCACUCGGGUAAGAAACCCUAUGAAUGUAAGGACUGUGGGAAGGCCUUCAUUCGUGGCUCACACCUCAGUCAACAUCAGAGAAUUCAUACCGGACAGAGGAGUGAAUGAAGAAAUGUACCCAGAAUGAAGGCCCAGAAUUUGGCACCUGAAAAUUCAUAUUAGUAAAUCACAAAACCCCAUCUGAUUAUAAGGAAUGUGGGGAAGCAUUUCGAGAGAACUGUUUACUAAGCAUCAGAGUUCUUAUGUGGAUGUGAGGCCUUCUUUAUUUAGGGGCCAGAGUUUGACAUUUGUUACUGAUGAGAAACCACCUAAAUGUUCAGAAUUAGGAAGGGUUUGCAUUUCACAGUUUAUCAGACAUCAGAGUUCAACUGGUGAAAAAGUAGAAAACAUUCCACGAAUAUAAGGGAAGUGGGAGGACUUAUUAUUAGGAAGAUAGUGAAUGUGUUAGAGACAUGAAUCGUUCAAACUUAACAUCAAGUCAUUAGCCCUCAGGGGAAAUCAGAGGAUUCAUAAGACAAAUACAUAUGUGGAACACCAAUUUGCUUCAGUUAACAAGUUAUUCAUCUGAUAAUUCGUACUAAAGGAAGGCUACAUUAAUGUUAAAAACGCAGAUUGUUCCAUUCCACUCAAUUCUUGUCAAGCAUUUGCAAGCUUAUUCUCUAAAAUUAACCUGAACUGAAUCAGAGUUGGAGAAGAUUUAACCAAUAUUUAGUGUUUUCUUGCCUUCAUCAUUAUAACUCAUUUUUAUAGGGCCACUUACUUAAUUUUCUUUUAUAAGCUUAAUUUUCUCACUUAUAAGCUAGUAGUAUUAGCACCAUGUUUCUUAGUAGCAUUGUGUACAUAGUAUCCCUUAGAAUAGUGUCUGGCUCAUACUGAAGUUUAAAUAAGAGCUGCUUUAUUGUUACUUUUUUUCAUAAUUGUGUAUUUCGAGAUGAGAGGAAGGCCGCAUUGUGCAGUGACUAUAUCAACACCUUACCUCAUCUCUUUGAGGGAUGUCAGUGCUUUCUGGAGAAAAAUUAAAAACUGAAGCUUUCAUUCACAUGUUGCCCCUUUCCCUGUCAGGGGGCUCAUCAUGUAAAGAACCCCAGCAGAAUGGAGGUGGGUUGCUGUGAGGUCAGGGGGAAGAUUUAGAUGAUUUUUUUUUUUUAAACCUUCCAAAAAACAGACAUGCGACAAUCUCUUACCUCUUUUCUGGAGAAUUAGGAAAUAAAGCCUUAGCCAAAAUCCAUUUCUCCACAGAGAAAUUUAAAAGAUGCCUAUCGUUUUAUAUUAAAAAGGAAAUCAAAACAAAUUAUCAUUACUAAUGAAUGACAGAAACAACUUCAGUUGAAAUCUGUAGCAAGCAACCAGAGCGUGACUCUAGGAGAAUUUAACUUCAGUAUAUGUAGAAACGGACAAUUAAAAGCCAGGAUGCAUCCUCACUUCACUGUACUUGGUACACUACUUGGAACAGUUCCUCGUAGGUUCCCAGAGAAGAUUUGUUGAUCAGAGGAAUGGGAGAGUGACUGAACACGCGUUCAACUCUAGUAUGUUGAAGUGCUCUAACAAAGUGGAGAGCCCCCCGCCAAAAAAAACACCUUGAAAACUUUUGAAAUGAAAAAGAUUGCAACCUGAAAAGAAAAAAUUCAAGCUUUGUAAGUGAGAAAGGAUACGUAACUACAGAAAUGAAGAUCAAGAAAUAAGGUGGUGUCAAUAUGGUGAACACUUGGUUGCCUGGCCGUUCGUGUUCACCAUUCGCCCUUUGCCAGGCUUGCCUGCUACCCACCUAAGUCUACAUGCAGGAUGCUUGCCCUCCUAAUGGCUUUGCAUAUGUGAAACACCUGGCCACAGAAGAUCUAAGCAAAGCUCUGCACGUAAGCUUCAGUUAAAUUUUCUUUACUAACAAUGUAAAAGGAAGUCUUCCUACACACGGGAUGCACGCCUGUACAUCUGUGGGAUAACGUGGGUUGUGGCCAUUUUGAAGCCAGAGGAGGCAGAAGCUGAGGUUGGCACAAGCAAUAGAUGGGAAUUACCUGUGUCCUUGACAUUGUUGAGCUGAUGAAACAACUCAGAAUUGCCCUGUGCCUGGACUUGUGCUAAAUAAGAAAUUUAAUGCUUACCUAAGUUUAUAUUCACUUUAUAGAAUAUAUCUGAGUCCUGGAAAAUAAUAUUUUCAUAUUUCACAUUUUCAUAUUUCACAUUUAUUCAACUUAAGUAGGAUGAGAAAAUGUUUAUAUUCAGCUUUUUAUAGUUUAUAUGAAAUUAUGGAAAAAGCAUUUUCUUAAACAUAUAUGUGGAUAUAUAUGCACAACUUCGAUUUGGUAAGAUGUGGGAAAUGCUUGUUUACAUUCAGCAUUUUAUAAUGUAUGUUUAUAUUCAGUUUUUUAUAGUAUGUCUGAAAUCCAGGAAAAAUAUUUUUCUGAGUAUAGUUAAGAACCAAGAAGAAAGUGAUUAAAGAACUACACUAUAUAAUUCCUCUUAUACUAGAGUAUCUUACAGAUAAAAUCUUCUAAGUCUUUAAGAUACAGAGUAUCAGCCAUGAGGCCAGCAGAACCCUUAUACCACAUUUGGAAAAGGACAGCUUCCAGGUCAAAUCAGCUAUAAAAAUAAUCCAUUGUACUCAUAAUGAAUAUUCCAAUUAAAAUAGCAAGUCAAAUCUAGCAGCCCUUUAGAAGAAAAUAGGGUUUUUUAAAUCCAAAAUAAAAUGGUUCAUUAUCUGACCUGUCAAAUUAUAAGAAAUGUGUAAGUGUAGCAUUGCACAUUGAAAACUAGACACUAAAAUAACUUACUGAAAGUAGUAAGCUGUUACAGUGCAUGUGUGUUCAGCUGCUGUGAUGUCACUGUUCUGGUCCAUUUUAUCACACCUCGUGGUCUAGACAUUCAUAGCAUUUGGAAUAGUCACCAUCCAGUGGGUUCCAGCUUUGCCCCAUGCUUUAGAAUACAUACUUAAGUAAGUUUAAUGUAAACAUGUAUUAUGUGAUUAAAUUGGUCAUAGCUAACAGUCAAUCCAUUGGAAGGCAGUUUAUAACAAAAAUUUGAGCAUUUUUUAAAAGAGGGAAGUGAUUACCAAAUUUUAUCUACACUGGUAUAUUUAUUCUUAAGUCUGUUCUUGAAAGUUGUACAUAGUAUUCUACGGGAACAUGUGUCCUUUAGAAGACUUGAAAAACUUUAAAAGCCAGGUAAAACUAGGUGUACUUGGUUUUGUUACAAUCUUUAACGUUUUUUGGAUUAUAAAUGUCAUAUAACAUGUUUUACCAGAAAUAAGAGGUGUACUGCAAAGGUUUAAACAGGAAGGAAAAAAGAAAAGAAAAGCAGUCCAUACUUACUCCCUGAAGUGCCGGUGUCAAAACCCUCCCAUGCUUUUUCCAUAUGCUCAUCCCCACACCGGGGAUGUUUGUUGGUGAUCGGGUCCUGGCGGGGAGGGUGUAGCUCGAAUGGGGUUGUGCUGACAGGCUGAAGCACAGCCGCCUUUUCUCACUUGCCAACACUGCACGGCCUGCCUUCCCACUGGAACCUACAGACGUAACCAUUUAGCUUUAAGCGCUGACCUAAGAAAGACAAACCAUUAUACAUGCAGUCCAUUCUACCAAUGAGAGUUAUUUUUUACAAAUUGUACAAAACAAUUUUACUGUACAUGUUGGUGUUUCUGUAAAGUGGAUGGAUUCCUAACGGUUGGAUUCCCUGCCUUACAACAUAGCAUAUUUAAAAUGUAAUAAUUAAUGUCCUAUUUUCUGAAACUCGCCAUUAACCUCUACAGGAUUUUAUGUCCAUUUGUAGCAGCUUCAACCAGGACUGAACUUUUGUUAAGUUGAGGGGUAGGGGAAAAUGUGCCUUCAAUUUGCAUUUUCUUAGCUGCCAGUGAGGUGAGCUUCUUAUCUACCAUGCCCAAGAGUCAUUUAAAUUGUAUUUCUAUGAUUUGCUUGUUUUUAUCCAUUCGUUUUAUAAUUGGAGUAGUUUUUGAAGCAAUUUGUAGAAACUUUAGGAGAUUGUUUUGUCAGGUCGCGGUUUGUUUUCUUAGUCUAGCAUGUAUUUCCUUUAUAUGACAAAAGGAGUCAAACUUUAUCGUGAAAGACCAAAUAAUAAGUAUUUUAGGGUUUGUGGUCAUACUCUGCCUUCCUAAUGUGAAAACACGUAGUACAUAAACCAGGGGUAAUUUUGCCAUCCCUGUCCCCGGCCCCAGCAGACUGUCCAGAGACAUUUCUGGUUGUCACUAUAAAGGGAGGUGCUGCUGGAGUCUGGGAUGCUGCUAAACACCCUCCCCACACCCCACUCCCUGCCCCACCUCUAGCAGAAUUAUCUGGUCCAGGAUGUCAGCAGUCCUGAGGUUGAGAAAUCCUGAUCUGUAAGCUAAUGGGUGUGGCUGUGUUCCAAUAAAACUUAUUCACAAAAACGA